AUGGAGACUGAAAUUAUCAUCAAUCCAUCGCAAGAGGUUUUCGAAGAAAUUGUGAAAUGGAGUGGUGAAACUGAGGAUUGGGCAUUUCAAUUGGGAGACUAUGAUUUUUGGAGAAACAAUUUCGAUCAACUUUGGUUUUUCACGCUUUUUGAAAAAGGUUGGUUUUUUGAAAAAGAAAUUUCUAAUUCCAUGAAUUUUAGAAUCAAAAAAUCUGAUCGGCUCGGUUUCUCUCGCAAGAUGGGAUUCUGAUGGUGAAAAACCACUAUAUUCAAUCGCUUGUUAUUAUAUUCUACCAGAAUAUCGAGGAGGAUCCUAUGGAAGAAUUAUCUUCGAUAAAGCUAUGCAAAUUGUUGGAAAUGAUAAUGUCACAUUAUCAGGAGGUAAUUCAAAAUUCUGUAUUGAUUAACAAGCAUUAAUUAAUCCAGUCACAAACAUGGUCGAAAAAUAUUCAAAGUUUUAUGGAUUCGAUAAAAUCGCGCCUUAUUUCCAUGUUUACACAACAAUCAAAUUGGCCGAUUUAUCAAUUCCAAGUGAUUUAUCGGAUUUGUAUGAAACUAAGGUAAGAAUAUUUGAUUGAAAAAAAAGAAACAUUAGAUUUUGUAGAACUGGAAAAAUGUGGAUUCAGGAUUAUUGAAUGAAUAUGAUUUGACAAUUUGUUCUCGCAAACGACAAAAUAUUCAAAAUGCUUGGUUCAAUUUGAAGAACACUUUUACAAAAGUAAGAUUUGAAAAACUAUUCACAGGACAAAUAAUCUUUCCUAAUUUAAAUACAGGUUGCUUUCGAAAAAUCAACCGGAAAAAUCGUUGGCUACAGUACAAUUCGAAUUGUCGAACGCAACAAGUUAUCCGUCGCUCCACUUUAUGCUGACAAUCUCAAAGUUGCCAGCCGACUUUUCGCCGAUAUUCUCAAUGAGAUUCCAAAUUUACAAAAUUUCAAAUCCGUUUCACUUUUGUACCCGGGAGCAAAUCAAGAUGGCCUGAAGUUAGUUUCUCCAAUUUUUUCAAAAAAAGAAGAAAUUUUUUAGAUUGGCUCAACUUUUUCUCCAAGAAUCAAAGUUCAGAAGACUUUUACAAGUGCCAAUUUACUCAAGAAUUUCUUCAAUCACCAAACCAAAAAGUUUUCUCAGUUUCAGAUUGUGCUCAUCAAUUUGUCUAAACUUUGCAAUUAGUGAAAUCUUCACAUAUUCAUUAAAAAUAUUGAAUAAAUUAAAUUAUCUACCAUGA